CACAAGUUCUCGGACCAAGUUUCGCUGGAGAAGUGCUGGAAUAAGCUGCGUCAGGAAUGGAGCUUUCGACGGCCCGGUUCUGCUGCGUCCUGUUGAGCCUCUUUACCGGCUUGGCCUCGGGUUUAGAGAUCACGUCUACGGGGCAGACAUCCAUAGAGAAGGCCAGCGGUCAGAGCGUGAAGCUCGACUGCCAGUUCACUCUGGGCCCAGAGGAUUCUGGACCGCUGGAUAUUGAAUGGAGCUUGCUGUCCUCUGACAACCAGAAUGAGGACAAAGUGGUGAUCCUGUACUCGGGUGACAGGGCCUACGAGGACUACUACGACCCCAUGAAGGGUCGAGUCCACUUCAACUCGGCUGACCCCAAGAACGGAGACGCCUCCAUCAACCUGGCGGGGCUGAAGUCAUCGGACUCGGGCACCUACCAGUGCAAGGUGAAGAAGGCUCCCGGUAUCCGCAGCAGGAAGAUGCUGCUGAUCGUCAUGGUGAAGCCAUCCAAGCCCAGGUGCUACGCUGAAGGCCCCACAGAAGAAGGCAAAGACAUUGUGCUGAAGUGCAUAGCUAACGAGGGAACCAAACCCAUGCAGUACAGCUGGGAGAAGACCAGCGACAGCAAAGUGCUGCCCGCCUCCGCUGUGAUGGAUCCUAUGGGAGGCACCAUUAACGUGAGGAAUGCAUCUGCCAGUGCAUCUGGCACCUAUCGCUGCGUUGCCAGCAACCGCGUUGGCACAGAAGAAUGUAUACUCUAUCUCAACGUCUCGCCUCCCCCGAACACUCCAGGCAUCAUUGCUGGAGCCAUAAUCGCUGUCCUCUUGAUCCUCAUCAUCAUCGCCAUCAUCCUCUUCUGCUGUUGCCGUGCCCGUAACAGGAAGAAGUACGAGAAGGAAAUCUGCAAUGAGAUAAGAGAGGAUGUGCCGCCGCCCAAGAGUCGCGUCUCAACGGCACGCAGCUUCACCGUGGGCAGCCAGCGCUCGUCCCUGGGCUCCAUGUCGCCUUCCAACCUGCACGAGUACGCCCUGAAGCCCCAGUACGACAAGAUUCCCUCGACGGAGGAGUACGACAGGCCUCCGAGCCACGCCCCUCUGCCCCCUCCCUCCGCCGCCAAGAUGGCCGUCCCCAACCUGAGCCGCAUGGGGGCCAUCCCCGUCAUGAUCCCUGCCCAGAACAGGGAUGGCUCAAUUGUCUAGCGUGUCCUCUUCUUGAAAAAAGGACCGUGCAGCGAGGGAGGGAACAGAGGAGGAAGGGAGUGGGACACAAGCCAAUCAGGACGGAGCAGGAGCUGGGAUAUGGCCUGACUUUUAGCUCAUUAUUUACAAAUGGGAUUAUCCUCCUCUCACCAAGACCUGGCUCUGCUGUGAUGCUGACAGGAGAAUCAAAGUUGUACUGGAAUCCAAACAGGGCACAAAAACUUUUUAUCAAAUAGAAAUACAGAAAAAAAAAAAAAAAAAAACUUUUAUGAAUUUUAUUGUCCUGGACUUUCUCACAAAAAAAAAAAGGAAAAACGAUUUAGUGUGGAUAUGAAGCAGGAUGCUCGAUAUAAUACAAAUUAUAUUGUACAUAUGUGAACGCAUGUUGUUUUUUUUUAAUAUAGACGGCCCUUACUGUAGAGAUGCUGUAUGUUCAAAACAGAUCCAGGCCCCUGAUUGGCCCGCUGUACAGCUCUAUGCAUGCAUGUAUGUGUUUAACUGCAGCUGUGUGUGUGUGUGUGUGUGUGUGUGGGAGUCUGAUAAAUGUAUAGUUCAUUUAUUGCCUCCGUAACAGUGCGAUCAUCCGUCAGGCGAUCCAGUCUCCACCAGUUUUGACUUAUUAGAAGGAAAUUUGAUUUAAUCCUCGAACCGAGCUGACGACCGUCUAUGUAGGUCAGCCGUUUUCUGUUCAACCGUCGUUCUGUUGUUUGAAUUGUCCACUCUGCGUUUGGCUGGGGGCCUUAAGGGGGACAGGAUUGGCUCGUAGUGAAGCAGGAGGGGAGGUCCAGGCUACCGCAACUUGUGAUUGGGUGGAUUAUUGCUUCUUGACUGAGCUUAAAAAGGACCGCUGUCCAUCCCCCAGCCCUUUGUGCAGGAGAUUUUAAUAGAGGUGUUUGGGGAAAUAACAGGAGCAGCUGGACAGCGAGGUUCACUGAGCAAUCAGCUCUGAUUGUGUUUGACCGUCACCGGGCCUCUAGUCGCACACACAUGAACUCUAUUGGCAGGACAGGAGUCACGGCGGAGGUGCCACAUGUGUAAUUCUCCCUGUUAGCAGUUGCAUUACAAGGAGCCAAUAUCUUGAUUAACCUUCUCCCUGUGGUCGAUGUGUAACCCCUUCAUGGCCUUUCUGGCAUUAAUUGGACAUUUAAUGAAAGAUGCAAAGCGUGGGCGCGUUGAGAAAGUUCCCGCCGAGAGCCGUAGAGCGCUGAUUACUGUUCCUCUGAGCUCAUCCUGCAUUAAGUGCUGGUUCAGUCUGUGGGUUCUGUUAGUCACCCAUGGAGGCCCAGUAUGUCAUCCCGUCUGCUACUGUACAAGAAAACAUUUACGGUUUCUUUUUGCCUUAUUCUCCUCCUCGUUUCAGCCUUACGCGCCGCCUCCCCUCGGUUCACCCUCCUCACAGCUGGGUUUUAAUGACUUCUGUCGUGCCUUGUCGCCCCAGUCGUGUCGUCCGCCGAUGUGCUGUAGCAUCGUCCUGCAUAGCGAUCACUGCCGCGAGAACAAUAAAACCACGAUGAUCCAAACCCGGUGAACCCCAUCGAUUGUUCUCUGUUGCCUCGGUUAGGUCGAGCCCAGGAUUUCCCACACCCACUCACCGCAAACAGAUCCUCCCGUAGCUGAACAGAACCUCUGGUUUUUCUAUUCCAAAACAUGACUUAAUGUAUGAGUUUUUUUUUUUUAAGUUUAUUUAAACUUCAGCAAUUGAUAUGCUUUUCUUUUUUUAAAUAACUGAAUGGUUGUGGCUGUAUGUAUACGUAUCCUGUGGAAGUAACCCUAUCUAAUCACAACACAACUGAAUGAUAUAACGACGAUGUCUAUAUGGAUGUAUAUGUGACGCUCUGCUGUGCUGUGCUUGGCAAAUCUAUAUCUAAAACACGAGAGGAGGGGCGAGUCGGUGCAGUACAGUUGCUCUUCGGUGCAUUUGUCAUUGCGUGUGUGUGAGAGUGUGUGUGAGAGAGUGUGUGUGAGUCCUGGUGUCUGAGGAGAGGUGACAGCUGUAGAAACGUUUUGGCCUCUGCGCUUCAGAUUUGAUGUAACACCAAGAAAAGUGAGACCUGGGCCUGCCCUGACAAAGAAAUUACAUCUGUCAGCUCGACUACAGUUCAGUGUGUGUGUGUGUAGGUGUGUGUGUGUGUGUGUGUGAGAGCAGGUGUAUUGUACAUGAGGGGAGUUUGUGGUCAGGAUGGGCCCCUGUAGAAUUCUAGCUAGACUUUUCACCAGCUGGUGAGGUGUACCGAGCUCGCGGAGGAGGAGGCGGUUCUGGUACCGUCCCCCCCCCCCUCUGAGCUCAGAACAUUAUGGACAACUACUACUAACGAUAUUAACUGUAGCUUUGACAUCAGCGUACUAAUCCUGUAUGAAGAUCUCCUUUGAGGUUUGCACACUGUGUGACGACCACUUUUCUUUUCGUGUGUAUUUUUUGUGCUGUAUUUUUGAAUAAUAAAAGUCCAUGAAUUGAGAGAAAAAACAACAACAAAA